CGUUCCAUCAUCAUCAUUGACAUAUGUCAUCGUAAAAGUGUAAACAACAACAAAGCACUACGCAGCAGUGGAAAAUAUUCGACGCAAAUUGCUUUUAACUCUGUAAUUUAACAAAAAAUCAGCAUGAUUUCCAUUGUAUAUGGUGGUGAGGUGUUGGAAAUGGCGGCUGGUAGUGAAAUCUCGGCCAACAUUCCUCUCGCAAUCGAGCGCUGGACGGGUCUCCAGCCGUCCGAAUAUUAUUGCACACAGAAUGGACGACGCAUCGUGCCGCUCGACUGUGACGCUGUCCGUCCGGAUGUGCCCGUUCGCAUCCAGGACCGGUUGGUGGGCGGUAAGGGUGGAUUCGGAUCGAUGCUGCGAGCCAUCGGUGCACAGAUUGAGAAGACUACCAACCGGGAAGCGUGCCGAGACCUGAGCGGCCGUCGGCUGCGCGACAUCAACGAGGAGAAACGCCUGAAAGCGUAUCUGGAAAAGCAGCAGGAAGCGGACGAUGGGAAAGACCGGAUUAAGGCGGAGCGCAAGAUAUCGAAGCUGCUGUCCAAGCCGAAGCACGAGUUUUCCGACAGCGAGUACGAGCAGGCACGCAGCGAACUGAUUGUGGCGGCCGAUGAAGCGAUCCAGGAGGGUAUGAGCAAAGCGAUGGCGCUCGAGAUGGGACAUGGCACUGAACCGGAACCGAUCCUUUCCACGACGGUGGAAGCUACAGACAGUAAAAAUUCAACAAGCGCACAGCCCGCAACCUCCCGGAAGCGGAAACAACCCGAUGCGAAGAGUAGUGCGGUACAGAAGAAGAAGAGUGCAGCAAAUUCGUUGUGGCUGAGUCCGGAUGACCUAAGCUCUUCCAGCGAUACGGACGAUGACGAAUGUAUAGGGGAGGUAUCUGCCGGGACCCAAAUCGCAUCAUAAAGCAUUUUUGACCACAACUUUUCUAGACCCCUUUUCUGAAGGAGGACGCAUCGUGAGUAAGCGGUGAAUGAUAAUGGCUAACUAGAUGUAAAGUGAUGGCAAAAAUAAAGUAUUUGGCACUGUGGGAAGAAAGCAGGAGAAUGGAUGGAUAUCCUUGGGCGCAGAAAAAAAAAACA